AUGGGCUGGUUCUGGGCUUCCAAACCCUCGGGGCCAUCUCCAACCGCCAACGAAUACACGCAAGGUGCAGAGCGGCAGAGACUUGGAUUACCACGAUCGGAUAACACCCAGGCGUCCCAAUCCGGUUGUCCCAUCCGCACCCUUCCAGGCCAGAGCAAGAAUGACACAGAACAACCAUCUUCAGCCUGUCCCAUCCGCUCAAAGGAUUCCCCCUUCUACGUAGCCCCUUCUUCAUUGCCUACCCCGCAACAGCCCACCGCCGCCGCCGCCGCAACCCCUGACCCCACCACAUCUGAAUCACAAUCAACCCUCUCCAAACUCAACCCCCUAAACUACAUGUUCACCUCCAUCCCGCAGACCCGCGCGCCAAACCAAACCGUCGACCUCCCCGUCGAGCGCGAGAUCUCCUCCAUCCCGCGCGCCGACGACAACACCGACGGCGGCGGCAGCAGAUGGGAAUACCCCUCCCCGCAGCAGAUGUACAACGCGCUGCUGCGCAAGGGCUACUCGGACACACCGCAGGACGCCGUCGAGGCGAUGGUUGCGGUUCACAAUUUCCUCAACGAGGGCGCGUGGGAGGAGAUUGUGGGGUGGGAACGUACGUUUGCGGGCGGGCUGUGGAAGGGGUGGCAGCGGUGCAAGAAGGGGGAGCUGGGGUUGUGGGAGGAGGUGCAUCGGGAGGAGAUGGAGAGGGAGAAGUGGAGGGAGAGUAGUCCUGGUGGUGUGGAUGAUGCUGGUGGUCGGCUGCCUGAGCCGCGCCUGGUGAGAUUUCAGGGCAGGCCGCAGGAGUGGACGCCCAAGGCGAGCAUUUUGCAGGCGCUGGGUUGGGUUUAUCCGGCUAAGUUUGGAACAGCGCCCCCCUUCGACCGACAUGACUGGUACGUCCAACGCCAGACACCCUCAGGACCCAAAGAAGUGCGCUACGUGAUUGACUACUACUCCGGGCCUCCGGGGCCGGACGGUGAGCCGGUGUUUUAUCUUGAUAUCCGGCCUGCGGUCGAUACACCCACAGCAGCGGUUGAGCGGAUGAUGAGAUGGGGCGGCGAUGUUUGGUGGAGAGCUAGUGGUGGAGCUGCGAGGGUGGGGGGGACGAAAUAG